UUUCUCCAUUAAAAUUGCAAUAAUAAUGAAUUUAGUUUUAUAAGUGACAAUUUAAUUUCUUGUGUGACUAUGACAGGCAGUGUGUAUUCGAAAUUACAACACCUAUGGGAGAUUUUCUUACAAGCACCUUCGGCAUCUUACACGAAAUCGUGUUGGUUGGAUUUAUUUUUGGCUGAAUUCUUGUUACAAGUUCAAAAUGGUGCAAAUGUUAACUCAUUACUUUCAUUCUGGCCUGCUGGACAAGCUGGUAUUGCCACACUAAUUGGUUGUGAAUUGUUGGGAAGUGUUCAUCAAAUAUGCAGUGCACCAGGUCAAACCGAAGAAUUACGCCCGUUACGCAAUUUAUUAUUGCGCGAACGUGGUUGGCGAUGUUUAGCUGUUUUGCAUAUACUUUCAUUGGAAGGUAUUUGCUGUGUACGAGAAUUGGCAAGCCUUCUAAUAUCCUUGUAUCCAGUAUGCAUGAGCAACAACAAUCGUCUAAGUCCAAUCACAAAUGGGACACCUGAGGAUAAUAACACGAAGGUUAAUGGAGAUAUGAACAAUGAACAUCAACAAAAGGCUAAUAAUGCGUACGUUAAGCCGAGAGAGACAAAUAUCGAUCAAGCAAUUAUUAUGUGCGGUUCGUUGCGACAUAAAACUCAUACGCCACAGCGUAAACACAGCCAUAUUAUACCUCCGCAUGAAUAUUCUAAUUCGAAUACGAGCUCUUCUGGCAAGGGUCGAAGAUCAAAAACAACACGAGAUUCGGUCCAAGACAGUGGCAGCUUAAUAACAACAACCACAGAUUCCGAAAUGGAAGAAAACAGUUUGGAAGCGUUAAAUCGUCGUUCGUUAACAUUAAAAAUUCAAUUGAAUCCAAUGGAUUUUGAUUAUUUUACAUCCGUUGUUCGUGACGAUGAUGACGACAACGGUUUGAUAAUGUCCAGCGAGAAACAACAUUCAUUGGAUCAACAACGCUACUAUAAUCGAUCAUCUUCGAAAAAACAAUUAUCACACGAGGAUUUUAUGACCGAUCAAUUAAAAUUAAUCAUCGAUAGUGAAAUCAGUCAAUUUGAAUUUAGUAUUGUAGUCGUACAACUAUUACAAAGUUUAUGUUUAUCCGAAACACAUAACCUCAACGAUAAUAAUCCGCCGAUUACAAUCCAAUGUAUCAAUUUCGCUUUAGAGAAUUUAUGCUCGUUACAAUUUGGUUCCGCACCAACGGAACAUUUACAGCAACAUGAAAUCUACGAAUUAAAAUCCGCCAUGACACAAUUAAUGUUGAUUGCAUUGGAGAAAAUCGUAAAACAUCCGGAUAUCUCAAUGACAAUUAUCAAUAAUGGGAUUUUACCCAUAAUGCUUCGAAUUUUAGAGGAUAUUACAAAUAAACAUGAAAGUUCUGUCGAAUUUGAUAAACAACAUGGCCAAAAGUUGCAAGAAUUUACAUUUGGAAUCAUGUAUGGAGUAACGACCUUUUUAUAUCAUCAAUUACUUCAUAGAUCCACGGUGGAUAAAAUUAAGGAUUUCCUAGAAUUGUUCCGAUUAUUUUCUGAUAGCCAAGGAGGACGUCUUAUCGAAAAAACACUCUCAGUAAUUUUAUCAAUUUCGAAUGUUGAAUCAAGUGUGACCUAUAAUCGAGCGAAGAAAAUCAUCGAUUUCCUUGGCCAAUUUAUCGUGACGCUAAAGAAAUCUCGAAGUGAAAUCAUACAUUCGUAUAAUUGCCACAAAUCGCGACAUAAACAAUGUCGUAUGAAUAAUUUAACGAAAUAUUAUAGUGGGAAACAUCACCACCAGGAUUUAUUUGGCGCUGUUUAUACACCAAAUUUAAUGUCUUCCAGUGUACAACACGCUUGCUGUAUUUCGACGCUAUUUAUGAUUUUCGUACGCUUAUUACAGAACCAAGAACUCAAACAGCAUUCCGAUUUACAAAUACGUUUGAUUAAAAUAAUGAUUCUAAGCGGGACUUGCUGUUGUUUUCCCGCAAAACGUUUGAUGUCAAGUGUUACGAAAAUGUUGCAUGGUACUCAGGGGAAAAUACGACCUUUGGCGUUUACUCUUUUGGAGCGGACGUUAUAUACUGAGCUUGGAGGGAUUAUAACAAGUGAUAACGAUAAUCAAUGUGCGAUUUGUAGUCGUCAAAUCAUCGCUGAUAAUCAAUCGAUGAAGUAUUGUAUGUCAGGAGAAGCGGUACUAAAUGGAAAUGGUGGGGAAGAUAAUGAAUCGUUAUGGUCACAACGUACGGACUCCUUUUUGGCAUCGUAUUACAAUCCUUCUGUUUCUUCCUCAAAUGAAUCGACAACAGUCGAAUCCGAUAAAUUUAUGUGGAAUUUUUUGGAACAAUAUCAUUCCCUUAUUAAUUCCACGGAUAUGAAAUUAAGUUACGCAGCUACAUCACAUUUAUUACGUGUUGCUCCGCGUAGUACACCACGAGUACGUUACGAACUGUUAUUCCGUGUGUUUUUCCCAACAUUUUUAUCCGCGAAAGAACAAUUCUUAACCGAUACCACAAAUGAACAUGCAAAAUUUAAAAUUUUAACAAGUUUAUCGUUGUUUGCAUCGUUGCUAAGUAGUGUUCCGUUUGCGGAACAGUUUGUGAAUUUGGGUGGUUUAAAUCAUAUAAUUGAUUUAGUUGAACGUGGUGAUUUUUCCAAAUCGUGUUGUGCGGUUUUGGAGAAUACAGUGAUUAUUGAAAUAUGGAAAUUGGAGAGUGAGUUAAAUUGUGAGACGAUUCAUAAUAACGAUAAUAGUGAGAAUCAUCUUGAAAUCGGUAACGAUGAUAAUAUGAAAAAACUACCAUCGUUAAAUAUGUUAUUAAUUGCGUUGGAGUUAGCUACUCGAGAAAUUCUCACCAUUUUCAAAAAUGGUAUCCUCGAUUUCUCUAGUGCGAACGAUGACGAUGAUAACGAAGAAAAAUCACGUCGAGCAUCUGUUACUUCUGACGAAGAUACCGAUCAAACGAUUAAAUCAAUUUACGUAUCGUCGGAAGAUAUUAUAAAUUCAUCGAAAUCGGAACAUUUUAUUCGAUUGUUACAUAAUUGUUCGGUAUUUUGGCGUACAACCGCAAGUUUGUGUUUAUAUAGUCCGUAUAUUAGGCAAUAUGUGGCGACACAUAAGAUUAAUAACGUUGGUACGGAAUUAUUGUGGAAAGUUUUACAACGGAUAACUAAAUCGGAGUAUAUUUGUGAUAGUGAAUGUAAUUCGCGGGAACGUAGAUUGUUGAUGAAAAUUUUGGAAGCGAUUUUAACUGUGAAGUUAACAGCGCCCACAAACGAGAUGAGUUUGGAACAUAUUUGUCGAGAUCUACGAGAUGCAAUUUUAACGGAUUCCGCACUUAUAACUUCAAGUUGUGUAGCCGAAUUAUGUGAUGUUCUUUUACGUUGUGCCAUUCUUCGACCAAGUCCUGAUCAAGUAAUGCCUCCACAUUCAAAACCAAAGAUGCCAAUUUUGGAUACAGCAAUUCAUUGGGAGGAUGAAGCAACAAUUAUUGGUCUUGGUGCAUCACGACGCUUAGCAUUUAGUGAUAGUUCUUUGGCAGAUGCAUAUGUGACAGCAGAUGAAGGUUACGAAGCGGAUGUUGAAGUACCUGAAUACUCUGGUGGUCAUUGUUCACGAUAUGAAAUUACCGUCUCACUCGCAGAUUCUUGUUCCUCUGGUGACAGCAUACCACAAUUACCUGCAUGUGAUUCAGCAUCUCCUGGUUUCGUAUUUGCUGAAUAUUGUCGUACAAAAUCAAUUGUACAUCCAAAUUUAUGUUUACUGGCAUUGGAUUUAUUCGUAACACUCAACAAAAACCAAACUGGGAAUAAUGAUCACGUUUUAGAUGAUAUUUUACUAUGUUUGCAACGAUUGCUGAGUUUAUGUCGUGAUAAUCCACAUAAUUGUAUUGCACUAGCUUAUGCUGGUACAAUCGCUAAACUUUUGAUCGGAUUUAAAGAUUGUCUCGUGUCAAAAUCAACUCAAUUAAUUGAAGUACAACAUGCAAUUUUGGAGUUAAUAACGUUAUUAUCAAAACAUAGCAUCACACGUUUUGAACUGGCUUUAUAUCUACAAUUAUUCAAAGCCGAAGAUCCACCAUUAGGACUUCUUUUAGAUCCAUUAGUCGCAUUGGCUACGUCAAGUCGUCCCCAGCCCAAUCACAUCUUAUGUUUCCCAUCAACAGCGUACACAAAUAUUAAAAAUUCAAUAAUCAAUGAAAACUCUGCCCUAAUAUUGGCAAACAAUUUACGUGCUCAACAUUCCGGAUCGGAGCAAUCAGCAUGGACUAAUUAUGCUGUUUGUUUACCGAUAAAUAAUGAGGUGGGUUGGAGUAUGUGGACGCAUGGUUAUUCGUAUUGUUUCUGGAUGCGACACGAACAACCGGGUGCAGCUUAUGCGAUUGGUAAACGUGCGAACAAUUCGUUUGAACAGUCUGAACAAUUGGAGUCAAGUAUUAAAUCAAAUGUUCAAGAAUCGACGAUUAUGCAUUUGGUAUCGAUUGGAAAUGAUGCGUUAAUGGUUGAAAUGUGGGCCGAUUCGGCAAAUGAACAAUUAAUCUUUCGCUUAUCUCGACCCGAAUUAAAGUCCAACCGUAUUAUCUCCGAACAAAUCAUUCAAAAUUGUAUACCAACGGGUCAAUGGCAUAAUUUAGCGUUAAAUGUACGCGACAACAUACAAAAACGUAAAAUUGUUAUUGAAAUCACGUUACUGAUAAAUGGAUGGAAAGAAGUUAUAAUUAAAUUACCAGUUGUUGGAUUAUUACCAAAAUUAAAACGUACCUGUGUACUACUUGGACAAAUUUGUUCGAAUAAUACCACAAACAUGACAAGUUCAUGGUUCUUUGGAAACUUAAUGUUAUUCCGAACGCCAGUGUUCACAAAAGAGCGUGCUAUUUAUUUAGUGGGUCUUGGACCAAACUACACAAGUUUAACAGAAUGUGAAGUUGGUAAACAAAUACCUAAUUUUACGUCCAUAUUUGGACCACGUACUAUUUCAAGUGUUAUCGAUUGGGAUAGUAUUCUGGAUGCGGCAAAUGGAAAUCUAAAAGAGUUACAGGAUAAUUUAUUGUUAUCAUAUAAUGCACAACAUCCAAAUUUCGUGCAUGUAUAUCCACAAAUGAUAACAAAUCCUGGAGGUACCGUUGGUAAUUUAUUCCAUACAUCGUCUGGAUUCCGUGUACAGGCGACAACAGAUCAACGUGCUUGCCAACAGUUACCGUUAGCAUUAGCACCAGAAAUUAUUGCUCCGUUAGUUCCACAACAUUUUCAAGGAUUAGGCGCAGCUGCAUCUUUAUUGGGUGGUGUGCCAGUGUUUAUGUUUUUAUUUGCUCGUGUGGUUGAAUUAAAAGGUAAUGGAAUUGAACAAGGAUUAGCUUUACGCCUGCUGUUACGUUUAGUACAAGUUGACAGUGAAUUACACGCUCAAUUUCAACAACAAGAUGGCUACCAAUUAUUAUUAAGGGUUCUGUCAUCAAAUCGAUGCGAACCGUCUCAACAUAUCUUAAAAGCAAUUCUAGAUAUUUGCUGUGAUAAACCAGUUUUACAUUAUCAUUGCAACAAUGAAACAUUCAAUGUUUUAACUCAAACCGAUGCGAUUAUUGUUAAUCCAAAUUUAAUUAAAGCAGCAGUCGGUGGUUGGCAUGCCUGGGAUUGUGAGGCACUUAUUGCGUUGUUAUCAGUUCUACAUUCUUUAUUACGAGAUGAUCAUCCGUUCCGUGAAUUCAAUGCCGCGCAAUUAAAUCGUGUUCACUUAGUUGAAGCGCUUCUUUCAGUCUGUAAAGAACAUUUCUUGUACGAGGAAAAUGAAACCACUGAACAAUUACCUUCGACUGUCUGUUGUUCCAUUGUGGAACUAGUACGUUCCUUAAUGGGAGCUCCACCAGAAUUUUGUCAUAUUGUUGCGGUUAUCGAUUUUCUUUUACUUUUGCACCAAGCAAGUGCAACUUAUGUAACUCACGUACGUUCAAGUUUCUAUUAUUUACUAAACGAUGCAAUUCCACCCGGACAAAAUGCUUCGAAUCCAUUAUCACUACCAUCGGUGGGAACAGAAAGUGUAUCUGAUACAAAUUCGUUAACUCACCCGGUAGAUCCAAGAAAAUUAAAUAAAGCAUUAACUAAUCUAAAAAUUCAACAACGUGGAUCAUCCGAUUCAUCAACGAAACGUUCUCGAAGACGAAAGCGAAAUAUACAAAAUUUGGAUACAAAUCGUGCGGUUGAUGUAACCGAUUCUGGUAUUGCUGGAAGUUAUAAAGAAUUAACCAGUAGUGAUCCGGAUAAUAAUGGAAGUGAAGGAAUGCUUAUGAGUAAGGAUCACGAUGAAGAUGAUUUUGUGAUGGUUCAUUCGGAGAAUCAAAGUGAUGCGAAUAUUGAAGUAAUCGAACAUUCAGUGAUUAAGCGUACUCCAGAAUAUCCAACAAUUAGUGGUAUUGCCGCUUUACGUCUUUAUGAAAAAUCCAAAAUUAAUGAAGCGAAUAAAGAAAAUUCUUUAACUAAUGGCGAACGUCGUAAUAAAUCGAAAUUAACCGAACAAAUCAAGCAUGAAAGAUUACGACCGUUAAUUAUUAAAGAACGCCAAGAUGUUUAUACAAAGAGUCAAUGGUUGGUCACAGAAGGUUUACUGUUAUUGUUACGCGAUACUUUACUAGUUUUACCUGAUACAAUGUCGACGCAAGUUUUGUGUCAUGUCGUAAAGCCUGAAUUACUGUUGGUUAUGGCUAAUCAUCCUGCGCCCUAUGUACGAACAGCUUUAAUUAAAGUUUUAGCAGCUUUCUUACAACGCUCAUCCGAAGAAGAGUUGAAUAAAUUUAUCAAAAAUAAAUACUUUUAUCAUUUGGCGAAUCAAUUAAGUUUGUUUUCAUCAUCCAGAGAUUUGGCAAGUGCUUGUGGUUCGUUAGUUACACGAUGUACUGCAACACUGGAAGAACAAAUUGAAUUAGCACCGUGGACUGAUUUAUCAUCGGUACAAUUAGCUGCGUUACCUCCACUUUUAGCAUUGUUACCAAAAUCGUUUAAUGAUCCAAUUUUAACCAGAGAUCUCCUGACGUUUAUAACGCAUAUAUUUACUCGGGCUACCAAUGCAUUCCGUGCAUUAUUGGAUAAAGGCUUAGUGGAAGUACUUUUACGAACAUUAUUGGAGGUCUUACAUCAUCCACAACGAGAAAAUACAAUUUUAACAGAUUUAGUUGCACUCUUGGUGAAUAUUUCUUCGCGCUGUUUAUCCAUGAGUGGAACACAUAAUAUGCAGAUUGUUUUGGACAUGCAUCUCCAAUUACACUAUUUAACAUUGCGUGAACGUAAAUCGGAUGCUUUAGCGCAAUCUCCUGAAUUUACGUUACGUGCUCAACAAUGUGCAUUAUUUGAUGGACAGUUAGAUGCGUUACAAGAACGUUUAUCAUCAUAUCAUAAAGCUGGCUUUAAAUUACGUACAACAGCUUCGUACUUAGCAUCAGUAUUAUCAACAAGCUACGAUCAAAGUGACAUGUCAACAUCACCGAAGCAUACACCAGGUCGAGCACAUCGUAUACCACAUAUUCCAUCGUCGUCUGGUCUACAAGGAAAUGUAUCCAAUUUAUCUAAUUCGAUUAGUUUGUUGUUGGGUACAUCACAGCAACGUGAAAUACCGAAGACAGAACUUUGUGAGCGAUUAAAAACACUGUUAAUUAAGUGCGUGGAAUUUAUUGUGAAUACAGAACCUAUUGGUGACGUUUACUCUCAAGCAAGUAUUACCGAAACAAAAUUAGUACGACGAGUUUUACUAACAUUGUUACAAGGUUUAUCGAACACAACCACAAACGAUACAAUUCCAUGGCGUUUAGCAGUAUGGAAUUCAAGAGGUGCUCUACGAAAACCAACCGCCGAAUUAGUUGUAUGGUUAAUGGCACCAGGUCAACCAAUCAAACUACGCAUGUUUGUAAUUCAUUCUCUACGCGAAGAAUGCAACUGUCGCGAAUUAAUUAACACUUUAUUACAAACGCACCCGCAAAUCGAACAGAAAUUUACGAUUUAUUUGUGGGAUUUAAUGUACAACACGGGAGGUUUAACUACCGAAUCGGAUAGUAGUGAUGGAAGCCCGUUGGCAAUUGUGAGCGGAGGUUUAUCCAGUGCUGAAAUACGUAUCUGUGAAGACUUAAAGGAAGAUCUACAAUGUUGGGGUAUUCUAUCACCGCAUAGUAUUGGCCAUCAACACGAUCAGUGGCAAGAAGAGGUGCGAAUAUUAAGCGACGAAACAAAUCAAGAACGUAGAGAUUGGAUUAAGCAAAAUAAUCGUGGUAUUUAUCGAAGUAUAUAUAAAUGGGAAUCGUUAACACGUAGUUUAACAGAAAAUGCUAUGGCGAUUACACGUACCGUUGUUGAAUCACAAAAUCGUGAACGUAAAUCAUUUAUGGAGUAUAUGAAGUUAGCGUAUACGGAGCGACUGCAUGCGCAUAUACGUUGGCAACAAUUAAUUCAACAGUUAACGCAUGAACGAGCUGUUUGGUAUUUCCCAGAAUCAUAUCCAAAAUCAUGGCAGUUAGAUCCAACGGAAGGUCCUCACAGAGUACGAACACGAUUGCAAAGAUGUCAUUUAAAUAUUAGCGAACGAUUUUUGUUACCUGAACAUCGUAAUAAAUUAGCAUCCGUAACCCGAAGUCAACCACUCUCGUAUUUAAUGAAAUUAGAACAACAAUCUUCGGCUUCGUCGUUAUUAAUCGAACGCUUACAUACAAGCGAAAAAGUACGACAUAUGUGCACGGCUCAAGUAAUUACACCCGCGAUAGAAUUACCCGGUGAAUUAUUAAUCGGAGAAUGUUCCUUACAUUUUGUGCCCGACGAUACCGUUGAACAAUCAUCGAAUCUUUUUGAAAUCACACCGACGGGUCUCGAUCUGUCAUGCAUGAAAUGGCAAUUCGAGAAUAUUCGAGAAAUACAUAAUCGUCGCUUCCAGCUACAAGAACGAGCAUUGGAAAUCUUUUUAACGAAUGGUAAAACAUAUUUGGUAGCUUUUCCAACUUCGAAAGAUCGUGAUGAUUUUGUUCAACAGUUAUCACUUUGUCAUUUACCAAAUCGGGUACAAGGGGAUGUUUUAAAUGAUUCGAUUCAGUUAUGGCGUCAAGGAUUAUUAACAAAUUGGGAGUAUAUAACGCAAUUAAAUAAAAUGGCUGGACGUUCCUAUAAUGAUUUAAUGCAAUAUCCAGUAUUUCCAUUUGUUUUGGCUGAUUAUAUUAGUGAGGAAAUUGAUUUGUGUGAUCAUCGAAUUUAUCGUAAUUUUAAGAAACCGAUGGCCGUGCAAGAUAAGAAAAAUGAACAACAUUAUAUCAAUAAUUAUAAUUAUUUGAAACAAGCAAUCGUUGAUGGAAUGAAUUCAAUUGCAUUAAACAAAGAACCAUAUCAUUAUGGAUCCCAUUAUUCCAAUUCAGGAACUGUUUUACAUUUCCUCGUACGCUUACCUCCAUUUACAAAAAUGUUCCUCUCAUAUCAAGAUAAUAAUUUCGACAUUCCUGAUCGAACAUUCCAUGCGCUACAUACAACAUGGCGAUUAACAAGUUGUGAUUCAACGACUGACGUUAAGGAAUUAAUACCAGAAUUCUUUUAUUUAUCCGAAUUUUUACAAAAUAAUGAAGGAUUCAAUUUGGGUAUACGACAGAACGGAGAACGAGUUGAUAAUGUUCAACUGCCACCAUGGAGUAAAGGUGAUGCCCGAAUAUUUACUCUUGUACAUAGACAAGCUUUGGAAUCCGAUUAUGUGCGUGAGAACACUCCACAUUGGAUUGAUUUGGUAUUUGGAUAUAAACAAACUGGAAAAGCUGCGAUUGAGGCUAUUAAUGUUUUCCAUCCAGCUACUUAUUACGGCUUUAACGUGGAGAAUAUCAAGGAUCCAAUUGAACGAAAUGCUUGGGAAACAAUGGUUCGUACUUAUGGACAAACUCCAAGACAAUUAUUCCGUGCUCCACAUCCAAUGAUUGUACAACCGUUAACGAAUAUUUUCCCAUCGUCUGUGCAACCAGUUUUAGAAGGUGUCAAAGGCUUGCGUUGGGGAUCGUAUGUUGGAUCACCAGAACAACCAGCACCAGUUGCCAUAUGGAAACGUCAAUAUCGUAGCCCGGUCGCUACUUUAGUACCAAUUUCGUCGAAUGAUGUGUAUGGUUUAGCUCCACAAUCAUCAAUUUUACUUGGAUAUACUCGAGAGAAAGAAAUUACUAAUGUGGUUGGAACAGUCCCAGUUUCGGGAUCUGCACUUAUCACUUGGGGCCACACUGAUAAAAUAGUUCGAGUGAAAUUGAAGAAAGAACAACAUGCACCAUGGCCAUUGGUUCAAUCACCAGCUUUGGAUCCGAUGACCAUAUGUGCCAGUGUGCCAGAGAUACCACAUUUAUGGCUUGGACAUAAUUCGGGAUCGAUUCAUGUGUAUACAUACACAUUGUUGCCGGAUCGUGCCACAUUAAAACCAGAUCCAGCAAUACUUUUAGGUCAUACAGGACCAAUUACGACUUUGGCUUUAUGCUGGGCAUUUAGUAUUGCGGUUAGUGGCAGCCAAGAUGGUACUGCUAUUAUUUGGGAUUUAAAUACUUUAUCAUAUGUACGAUCAAUUGAGAUCAAAAAUAAAGAAACAGCCGUUAAUUUGGUUACAAUUAGUGAUACGUUAGGCGAUAUUGCUAUAUCGUAUAACGAGAAUUUAUCACCGAAUUCUGGCUCGAUUUUAUCAGUGUAUACAAUUAAUUGUGCACCGGUUAAAGAAAUUACGGUACCGGAACGUGUAACAGCUAUGUGCUAUUCAAGGGCACCAGAAGGCGUUAGUGUGAAUGUACUUGCAACUGGUUUUGCAAAUGGUGUUGUUCGAUUAUGGAGUAGUUGGGAUCUAGCACCUGUACGAGAUAUUAUUUGUCCGUCAUUAUCCAUUCCUAUUAUAAGUAUUGUAUAUUCGUAUGAUUCACAACAUCUAUUUGUAUCAGCGAGCGAUGGAACUGUUAUUAUUUGGGAGAAUGCAAAUGCCACUCCGGGCCGUACACCAAAAUUUAUAAAUGUUACAUCACCAUAAAAAAAAUUAUAUAAUUAUUUAAAAAAAAAGAA